CGACGAGCCCGAUGACGCCAGGGCAGGGCGUCACUCGACGCGGGACGGGAUCAAACUUACAGCGCGGAAAAGCGCACGCAGAGAGAAGCUUGAAACUUCCACACGUGACGUGACGUGACGGCAGCGGCGGAACACCGACGCAUACUUGCGACAUGACAUACGCGCGCUUACUUUUUCUUCCAUUUGUUCUCAGCGCAACGGGGCCGGUAGGUGCGACCGUUAUCUCCAAUGUGACGGAUGCAAAGAUUGAAAAAGUCGUCACGACGACCGGCAAACAAUGCGUGCUUCCAUUUCGUCAGGGCGGACGAAUUCAUCAUCACUGCGUCACAGUUUUCACCUCCAGACCUUGGUGCUCUUUGACAUCCAAUUUUGACCGGGACCGCAAGUGGGGGUUCUGCGCGCCAGAGCCGGGACCACCUAACGGUAACGCGGAGCGCCGUCCCGUCCCCGGCGGGUUCUCACAAUUCAUUCAAACUCUAGGUUCUUUCCACACGUCCCGAAGGCUCGCCGAUCUGUGUCGACGCAAAGCGUGUCAAAACGGCGGCAACUGCACGCUGGUUUCGCGCGGGCCGGCGUUCCGGUGCUCCUGCCCCGAAGGCUUUUCGGGAAGAUUUUGCGAGCGCGAACAGUGCUACGAAACCCUACACCUGCGCCAUUAUGACGCCGGACAGUCUUGGGGCCGCAUUCACCUCCGCAACGUGGAACAGUGCACGUGCGUCGACGGCAAGACGGAGUGCCGACGAACCCGCUACACCGCGUGCCGCUCGAAUCCGUGCCGGAAUGACGGAACGUGCCGGACGAUCGCCACCACCGGCGAGAAAGUGUGCCACUGUCGACGCGGCUACGGAGGACCCCGCUGCAGUUUGGAGCCGGAGAGCGAGUGCUACGACGGCCGGGGCGUGAGUUACCGCGGCGCGGCCUCCGCGACGGCGUCCGGCGACCGCUGUCUACCGUGGGAUUCGGACCUACUGUACGACGAGCUCCACGUCGGCACGGUGCGCGGCGCGUUCCGCAAAGGUCUCGGGAAACACGCCCAUUGCAGGAAUCCCGAUGGCGACAAGAAACCCUGGUGCUACACUUUGAGCAAUGACGCCAUCUCGUGGGAGUACUGCACAGUGCCAUCUUGCAAGAUGCCACUCUGUAAGUACACGUAUGGGAAAAUGUCACAUCCCGAAAAAAAUAUCCACACAACGCAGUCAUCGCUAACAUUUGUGGGAGUAGCAUCCUCUAGUAGGAUGAGCACGUGGAACGCGCGCCGGCCCGUCCCGGGGCCGGUCGAGAAGCCGACGUGCGGGACCAAACACAAGAAGAGGGUGUGGGCGGCGCGGGGGAGGAUCAUGGGAGGAAACUCGGCUCUGCCCGGGAGCCACCCCUGGAUGGCGGCCAUUUACAUCGGGCGGUCGGACUUUUGCGCCGGAACCUUGAUCGCCUCCUGCUGGGUGGUGUCGGCGGCGCACUGCUUUUUACGCAACCCCCUGUUAUCGCAGCUUCGCGUGGUGCUCGGCCAGCACCGCUUCAACGUCAGCGGUCCCGACACGCGUACGUUCGGAGUGGACAAGUACAUCUUCCCCAAACACUUCUCCGUCUUCAACCCCACGCUCCACGACAUCGUUCUCAUCAAACUGAAGAAGCGAGACGGUCGCUGUGUCAAGCGGACGCGGUUCAUCAGGCCCAUCUGUCUCCCCGACAGCGGCGUGGCCUUCCCGGACGGCUUCUGCUGUUCCAUCAGUGGCUGGGGACACAUGCAUGAGAAAGCCGACGGUUAUUCUAACCUGCAGGAGGCGGGAGUGAGGCUGAUCGGCCACGACGCCUGCAAGAAGCCCGAGGUGUACGGCAGACACGUCACCGCCGACAUGAUUUGCGCCGGCCUCGACGGCUGCGUGGACGCCUGCCAGGGGGAUUCCGGGGGUCCGCUGGCCUGCGCGAAGGACGACGUCAACUUCCUAUACGGGAUCAUCAGCUGGGGGGAAGGAUGCGGACGCUCCGGAAAACCGGGCGUUUACACCAAAGUGGCUAACUACGUGGACUGGAUCAAUUCUGUGAUCAGACGGACGGCUCAAAAGUUGUCGACCCUAACCCGACCCUGAGAUUUCAGAAUGGUGUUAUUUUUCUUUGUCUCUUGUUUGUAGAUGAACAUUUUCCAACUGUGAAACAAUAAGAACGAAUAAAAAGUUUUCCAAAUGACCGUUCUCUCAUUGCGCCGAGGACCAGGCACUCGCCGGCGGUAUCUCGGAGGCGGGCUUUAGGGGGGCUUAGGCGUCGUCGCAGCUAUUUUGAAAGUCACCCACCUCAGCGGGGCAGCCAACUGUGCAGCUGUCAGGAACCAUGACUGAAGAUGACC